AUAGUUUCAUGCCUCAUAAUAUAUAUUGCAAAAAGUAUUUAUUUGAUUCUCCUGAACGGUAGCAUGUGUAGUUUAUGCAGUGUGUUUGAUUCGUGUGCACGUGAAAUAAGCCAAAAUGAAACUGCUUCUCUUCGUCGUUAUUUUUAGCGUUGCCCAGAUCUGCAUCUGUUCACCAAUUGCCAGUAGUGAGACAGCCUUAUCGGAUUUGACUGACUCGGAUAUUGACAAAAUGCGCCAGAUUUUCACAUCAAUUCCAGGUGUUGACCCGCAAAUCAUGGAUAAUUUUACUAACAUAUUCUACAAUUUCCGCGAGAACUCUACCAACAACGAAGUCUUAGCUGGAACCAUUAAGUUCAUAAGUCUAGCGGUGAAUGUGGAUGUUUCGAUUAUCAACCGAACACUUUUGGCACUUUCUCAAAACCGAUCGCACUCUUGUGAGAGCAAAAAUCUCAGAGAUUUCACCGAUGGACGCAUAACCGAAGUCAAAUUGAAGGAUUUGGAAGAUGCAUUUUUGAAGGAAUUGACACCGUUACAAACCAAACAAGUGAUGGAAAUUUUUCGCGGUUUUCGUGAAGGAGCUUCAUCAAAAGAAACCGAAAAUACCAUUUUUGAUUUGUUAGUUUCUGCAAUGUAUGGCCCUCUCAUCAUACCCGCAAAAAAUAAAGAUGGUCAUAUCAUCGAAGACGAAGAUGUGAUCAUUUAUGAAUUAAAUGAAAAUUAAAUCAACAGAAUAUGAACAAAAAUGCGAAAAUAAUCUAAUUUUUAGUGACAUGGAAAAAUUAAACUGUGAAAUAAAUUAUGAAUUUUUCUCAAAAAAAAGAAGAAAGAAUAUGAAAAAUGCGCUGCGUAUUGAGAAAUAUGUUCAACUCUUUUGUUCAAGGGAUUUUUACUCAUGACUGAAAAAAAUGGAAGUUUAUCUAUCGAAAAUUAUCAAAAAAUUCGGUUUAAGAUCCUUCAAUUAAGUCACAUAACAUAAUGCGUCAUUUUUCAAGCAUAUGAGUAGUUUUCAUAAGUUCAUCCGGUCAAUUGAUAAUUAUUUUGUUAUUCAUAUUCAGUAGCGUUCAAAUUUUGGUGUAUUUUAUGAAUAUUCAAUGUCAAACCUAUCGGUCAAAUCGUAGGGUAUUUCAUUCAAAAAGCAAAUAUACACAACAAUAACUGAAUAGAAGUAGUCCUCUCAUUUGAUUUGUGUUAAUGUUGAUUCGUUGAAAGGUCACACUGUGUCGCAUGAAUGUGACACCAAGAAAUCGUCUAACGGCUGCGCGCAAAUUCAAUUUUAUUCGAUAACCUUUAAGCAUGGUGAAAACAUUCAAGAUAUCACUUUUGCAUUCCGAAGUCAUUUUUCUUCAAUGAGUCUGAUGACAAGAUCACUUCAAUCCGGAAUAUUUCUGGUUGUGUUUCGAGAGAGUGCAUACAUGAAGUAAACAAAAUGAAUUAGCCAAUAUUCGUUGCUAUCGUCGCUAUUGUGCAGGUGCUGAUAAGAUGUUCAAAACAAUUCCAGAUUUUUGAUAUUCAAAGCGAUUGUGUAGGAUGCUAGAAUAAUCGAUUGAUUGCUCUGUUAAAUCAUUUCAGGUCUGCGCUAGUGCUUCAAUUGUCGAACGGAGUGCAUAUGCAUUCAAAUGGUCUGAUGCCCAAAUCGAUUCCUUUUGCAGCGAGUUGAAAAAAUUUCCAGGCAUUGAUCCGCAGACAGUUGAUGAAUUUUCAAUAAUUUUAAAUAAUUUCCGUCAAAAUUCUACCGAUCAUGCAUUAUUUGAAGGCAUUGUGUGUACUUUCGUGUGUUUUCAUUCUUCAAUAUUUGAUUGGAUGCUUCUCUUUCAGUUGAAAUUACUGAGCAUAGCAGUCGACGCAGAUUUUGUCAAUAUAAAUCAAACGGUGUUCGAGCAAAUAUACAAUGUAACUGAAGAAGAAGAGUUCGCUUCGAAAGAAGGGAUGGAAGUUGUGAAGAAUUCAGUUGGAAGACUUGGAAAAUUCACUUUCUAAACACCUAACACCAUGUCAAACCAAAAGGGCAAUGGAAGUUCCUCAAGCAUUCCACGAAGAUGCCACAUCAAGAGAGAUCGACGCCACUGUGGUAUGUCAUAUCAAAAGUUAGUUAAUGCUUAUCAAAAAUUUCGUAUUUUCAGGUCGAACUAUUUACAGCUGCAAUGCAAGUUGCUUUACACAUGCCGAAAAGAAGAAACGAACGGAAUCCAGAAAAUUGAAAUCGGUUGGGCAUACGAGACCAGCACUUAUUUUUUUUGAUAUUUAUCUUAAAAUUUACGCGUUCUAUUACAACUGAAUGGUAAUGUGAAUUUUGUUUGUCAAUUUUCGUUGACAACAAAAACAUUUCGGAUGAGUCGAAUGUAAGCAAUUGUAAACAAGAAUCAGAUAAAUGAAUCACGCACUAAAUACAUGAACAUUGUUGUCGAUUUGUUUAAUUCCGUUGACCGAUUUUCAUUUAUUGUCCUACAGAUACAUAAAAUCGGACAAUAUUCAUAGAUGUGUCGCUUUUUUUUUCAAAGUGCUAAGCAUUGAUGACCUCUAAUCUCAAGGUUGACGUGUCUAAGGUUUUGAUGAUUAAUUGCAAACAAAUACAUAUUUGUUAAUCGGAGUUCUCCGCAGCUACUUAAAGUAUACGCUUGGUUUGAAGAAUUUGCAGUUUGAAUUGCGUUCUUGAAAUUAAUGCACGUCAGCAAGAAGAAUCCAGCAAAAUGAAGCUAUUUUACCUAAUUGCUAUUGUUGGCAUAGUUCAGGUUGGCAAAGCUUUUCACUGAUUUUGAAAUGAAAAAUAUUAAAAUAUAACAAAAUCUUUAUUGAUUAGGUUUGCUCAAGUGCGUCAGUGGUGAAAAGAGAAGUCGAAACAUUGGAUAUAAAUCUCACCGAUCCUAGAUUGGUCACUGCUGAGCAAGCCGUUUCAAAAUUGGAUCCAAAGGCUUUGUAUGAUUUUGUUGAAAUUUUCAAAAAGUUCCAACCAAACGGAACCGAUGAAGAAAAUUUAGAAGCCAGUGUAAGUUUUGCAAAAAAAAUACUCAUUUAAAUGAGUAAUGGAAUGUAAUGGAUGAUUCCACUUUCAGGCAUAUCUUUUAAGUAUAGCAGUGAAAGGAGAUUUCGAUAAAAUCAACCAAACCAUUUUCAACUAUUGGUUCAAUCGCAGUUCGGACGAGAUUGAAAGAAAUUCGAGCGAUGAAAGCGAUGACAUGCUAUUUUUGUUGCAGGAUUUAAGCGAUAAAGGUUUAAAGAAAUUGGAAAUUGUGUUGUCCAAAGUGCUGACCGGACCACAAACCGAACAGGCAAUCAGCAUUUUAAGAGGACUCGGCGAAAAUGCUUCAGUAAAGGACGAAGAAGACACUAAAGUAAGUUUCCUUGCAUUUUAAUAAGUGGUAUUUGAUUUGAAAAAAAAAACACUAAACCUGAUUUUAUUCUAGGCCGAUUUCUUCAUUUCCAUUGCACACAAUUUUCUGGGCAUGCUUAAAAACGACGUUUGUCAUAUUAUACAAACCGUAAAAUCAGAUCUCGAUUGCAAGAAAUACGCAACUGUUUAAAAGAUUAAAAUUGAAUAAAAUUCGUUGUAUCACACAAA